AUGAAGGAAGUGCGGAAAAUUCAUACAGAGAUGGGUAAGGACAUGAGCGGUUUAAGCAACCUGUUUGAUGGUGCGGCAAAAGAGAUGAAGGAAAUACAGAAAGAAGUAAAAGGAGAAACAAAAAACAUGAAGAAGGAUGUGACGGAUGUGAAAACGAAAUUAAAUUCAAAUAGUGAUUCGAUAGGCCGUAUCAACGCCGAGCUGGAAGAGGUACGUGACGAGCUAAAGGAGGAUAUGCUGGAUCUUCGAUGCCGUUCCAUGAGAGACAACUUACUCUUCUGUGGCAUACCGGAAGAAGAAGCAGAGGAUUGUGAGGAAACGGUGAGAAGGUUCAUGUGCGACAAGAUGCGUGUCCGGAAAGAUAUUAAUUUCGAAAGAGUGCACAGAAUUGGACGAAAACCUUCUAGCCCAAAUGCGCGACCACGCAAUAUCGUCGCCAAAUUCUCGCACUUUAAGGACAGAGAGUUGGUGAGAAAGCAGGCUCCAAAAACUCUGAAGGGGACCAACUUCUAUGUUCAGGAACAGUUUCCUGUCGAAAUCGACCAGCGCAGAAGAGCCCUGUUUCCAGUGAUGCGGGAAGCGCGCAGACGGAACCAGAGAGUACGGUUGAUGCGGGACAGACUUUUUAUCGACGGAAUCGAGUAUACACCGAGCGAAGGACGCGACCAACCCGCGCAUCAACCCACUGUGUCGCCUAGCCACCGCCAGGAUCGCAAACGCCCGAGGGUAGGAUCCAGUUAG